CAUUCUGACACCGCCUGGGGAGAGCCGGAGCAUGGAGAUUACAGUCAGAGUGCGGGUGAAGGCCCCGGUCUGGGUGGCCUGUCUGCUGCUGGCACUCCCCACCAUGGCUGCAGAUAAGCCACACCUGUCAGAUCCCGGAGACCCUCAGCCUGAAGUGCUCACCACCCAGGGUCGAGUGCGAGGCCGGCAGGUGGCUGUGAAGGGCGUUACCCGCCUCGUGGAUGUCUUCCUGGGCAUCCCAUAUGCUCAAGCUCCAGUGGGACCCGGCCGGUUCUCUGCCCCACGCCCAGUGCAGCCCUGGGAAGGCGUGCGGGAUGUCAGCAGGGAGCCCCCGAUGUGUCUGCAGGAUGUGGAGAAAAUGAACAACUCCAGGUUCCUGCUGAACGGAAAGCACCGGGUCUUCUCCAUUUCCGAGGACUGCCUGCUGCUCAACAUCUACCGCCCAGCUGGGGCCGCUGCAGGGCCCGGGAGGCCGGUCAUGGUGUGGGUCCAUGGAGGUGCAUUUAUGACUGGUGCUGCCACCUCCCAGGAUGGGUCAGCCCUGGCCGCCUUCGGGGACGUGGUGGUGGUCACAGUCCAGUACCGCCUUGGGAUUCCCGGCUUCCUCAGCACUGGGGACAGCCACGCCCCAGGCAACUGGGGCUUCCUGGAUGUGGUGGCUGCACUGCGCUGGGUGCAGGGGAACAUCUCCCCUUUCGGGGGCGACCCCAACUGUGUCACCAUCUUUGGAGGGUCUGCAGGUGCCAUGAUUGUUUCUGCACUGGUCCUGUCCCCGCUGGCUCAGGGGCUGUUCCACAGAGCCAUCGCUCAGAGUGGAGUCAUCACCAUCCCAGGGUUCCUGAAUCCCAACCCGCUGUCCCUGGCUCAGGCCUUCGCAGACUCCGUGGCCUGCAGCUCCAGUUCCAGCGCCGAGAUGUUGCAGUGCCUCCGGCUGAAGACAGGUGAAGACAUGGUCCUUACCAAGGAGUCCCAGAAGAAAAUGAACUUCCUUCCCAACGCUGUGGAUGGCACCUUCUUUCCCAAGAGCCCCAAGGAGCUCCUGGCAGAAAAGCAGUUCCGGCGGGUGCCCUGCCUCCUGGGCGUCACCAAUCAUGAGAUGAGCUGGCUUCUCCCUAGGGCCUGGGGUAUCCUGGAUCAGCUUGAGCAGAUGAGCCCAGAGGACAUGCUGACAACCUUGAGACCUCUACUGGCCAAUAUGGACAUCCCCCCAGAGCUGAUGCGCACCACCAUAGAUGAAUACGUGGGCAACAGCUGGGACCCAGGGGCCAAACGUGAUGCUUUUCUGGACUUGUUGAAUGAUGGUUUCUUCAACUUUCCGGUCUUGAACUUCGCAAGGAGCCUCCGAGGUGAGCUUUAUUUUACCCUGUCCCUCUGCCCCACCUCUCAGUCUGACCCAGGCACCGGGGCUUCAAGUUCCUUCCUGGCCUUCCCAGAGGCCACAGAGGAGGAGAAGCAGCUGAGCCUCACCAUGAUGGCCCAGUGGACACAGUUUGCCCGCACAGGGGACCCCAAUGGCGUGGGGCUGCCUUCGUGGCCCCUCUUCACCCAGUCAGAGCAAUAUCUGCAGAUCAGCCCAGAGCCACGGACUGGCCAGAAGCUAAGGGGAGCCUGGAUGCAGCUCUGGGCAGAGAUGCUCCCCACCAAGAGCCCACAGUGGGAGCAGAAGAAGGAUAGGCCAGCCCAGGAGGAGCUCUGAGACAUGGCCUGGGCUGCUGGGCUGGGGCUACCACAAGGGAUGGCAGACCGUCAUCAAGGAAACCUCCUUGUCCCCUGGCUGGUGGACACUUCUUUCCAGGCGACCAUGGUUCAUGUCCUUAAACAGGCUCAACCCCUCCUA